AUGGAAAGUUUCUUAGAAAAAAAAAGUCCUGUUCUGAUUAAAGGAUGGCAAAAGAGAUAUUUUGUUUAUUGUGAGAAUCUACUCUUAUAUUUUAAAAACAAAGUAGAUUUACCUCCUUAUCAACCAAAAGGUAUUUAGAAAUAUCUAAAUAUACAGGAGUAAUAAUGAAAUAGAAUAUUGUUUAAGUUGAUUAUUUAGAUCCUAAUAAGAACGAGUUUGUUAUUCACGUUGGAUUGAGGAAAUUUUAAUUAAGAGCAGAGAGUAAGGAAAUAAAGGAAAAAUGGGUAUGUGUAUAAGUUUGAUUUUCAGCUAGACAUUUUAAAAGUACCAUUUAAUUAAACAUCCAAAACAAAGUCUGAAUUAUCAAAUAUGAAUAAGGUUAAGUGGUAAUCAAUUAUUAUUUUCAAGGCUUGAAAUACCUGUAUAAACAAUUAUUUAAUUAUAUUUGAGAAGAGAAGAAAUUUUGUAGAAUGUUAUUCAAUAAAAAACUUAAGAUACAUAAAAUUCAUUAAUAAAAUCAUCAUAUAUCUAAUAGACAAUAGUAGCUAUGGGUGAAAAAGUAAUAAUUAGUAAAAUAUAAGAACAAAGAGUUUAUUUUGAGAUUGUUGGUUGAAAAAAAAUCUGUAAAGAAUCCUUUAGUAAAAAAGAAAAGAUGGCUGUUACUUUUCACAUCUAUAAGUACUGAGUCUUUAGAUUAGAUACAUUAAUUUAUUAAGUUCAUUCCUUAAUAAUAUACUUUGGAUACAAUAAAUUUGUUAAAAUAUGAUAAUAAUUUAGCAACAUUGACAAGUAAUAAGUAUAUGAAUUAGUGUUAUAGAAACUACAAUAGAAAUAUAUUAAAUUUAAAAUUUACAAUUUGUUGUUACUAAUGAAUAUCAAAUAAUGUUUAUGUAUAAUGGUAGAGUAUUUGAAUUAAUAUUCCCUUAUUUAAGUGAUGCUAAAAAACUAAACGAUUAUAUUGUUAAAUGUUAACAAAUUAAUAAUAGUAUGCCUGUUUAAGUAAGUAGAACUAAUUAAAUACCUGUCUAUAAGAUGUAAGAUAGUAGAAGAAGAAUAUUAAAUUUAAAAGGAAAAACAUUUUUGGAAAAUUAAGUAGAAAAGAAGAUUAAUGCAUCAUAAUGGAAAAAUGUAAUACUUACUUUGAAAGAACAUGCUUUAUUUUGGGAAUUUGUUGAUACAGAAGAAUAUUCAAAUAUUGAAUUGAAAUCUAUUUCAGCUAUUGAAUAAUGUAAUAGAAUGUUUACUAUUAUUGUAAUCUAUUGAAAUAUAAUAUUAGGUGAAUGAUUAAAAUACUGUUUAAUAACAAUUUAGAGUAUCUACAAUACAAGAAGCAGAUGAAUGGACUGGUUAAUUAUCAUAUAUGACAGAUAUAGAAAUUACUAUUAAAGUAUUGGAAAAAUCUCAAACUCUAUAAAAUUAUUAAUAAAAUGCUCUAACAAACUAAUCAUAAACUUAAUAAUUAAACAAAUAAAAGACUUAAUAAUAAUAAGAAGAAUAAAAAAAACCAUCUUUUUUUCAAUAGCUUUUUUGUUGGGGAGGUGAAAGAAAAGAAUAAUGAUCAAUUAUAAUUAUAGAGUAGAUAUUUCAUCAUAAUUCAUCUUUUCUUUAUUAUUCUUUAAAUUGCCUAUAUUGUUGAUCAUGAUCAAAUUUUAGAUUUCCUUCUUGUUUCUAUUUCAUUUUUUAUCUUAAUUCUUCAACAUCUUGAGUAUUCAAUCUUCUAUUUGAAGAAUCAAAAUUAGGUUUAAAUCUACUACACUUUGUNACUUUUCACAUCUAUAAGUACUGAGUCUUUAGAUUAGAUACAUUAAUUUAUUAAGUUCAUUCCUUAAUAAUAUACUUUGGAUACAAUAAAUUUGUUAAAAUAUGAUAAUAAUUUAGCAACAUUGACAAGUAAUAAGUAUAUGAAUUAGUGUUAUAGAAACUACAAUAGAAAUAUAUUAAAUUUAAAAUUUACAAUUUGUUGUUACUAAUGAAUAUCAAAUAAUGUUUAUGUAUAAUGGUAGAGUAUUUGAAUUAAUAUUCCCUUAUUUAAGUGAUGCUAAAAAACUAAACGAUUAUAUUGUUAAAUGUUAACAAAUUAAUAAUAGUAUGCCUGUUUAAGUAAGUAGAACUAAUUAAAUACCUGUCUAUAAGAUGUAAGAUAGUAGAAGAAGAAUAUUAAAUUUAAAAGGAAAAACAUUUUUGGAAAAUUAAGUAGAAAAGAAGAUUAAUGCAUCAUAAUGGAAAAAUGUAAUACUUACUUUGAAAGAACAUGCUUUAUUUUGGGAAUUUGUUGAUACAGAAGAAUAUUCAAAUAUUGAAUUGAAAUCUAUUUCAGCUAUUGAAUAAUGUAAUAGAAUGUUUACUAUUAUUGUAAUCUAUUGAAAUAUAAUAUUAGGUGAAUGAUUAAAAUACUGUUUAAUAACAAUUUAGAGUAUCUACAAUACAAGAAGCAGAUGAAUGGACUGGUUAAUUAUCAUAUAUGACAGAUAUAGAAAUUACUAUUAAAGUAUUGGAAAAAUCUCAAACUCUAUAAAAUUAUUAAUAAAAUGCUCUAACAAACUAAUCAUAAACUUAAUAAUUAAACAAAUAAAAGACUUAAUAAUAAUAAGAAGAAUAAAAAAAACCAUCUUUUUUUCAAUAGCUUUUUUGUUGGGGAGGUGAAAGAAAAGAAUAAUGA